GUGUUUGAAAUUCGGAAUCAUAGUAUUUAUUCAUUGAAGCUUCUAUUCAAUUCCAUCAUUAGUUGAUUGCUGAAGUCUGUACAUACUACAGACUAAAUGCAUCCGGCUAAAUAUCCCACUAGGUGCUAGUUUCAUCCUAGCACGGCUCAUAGGUAAUAAAGUUAUUCUCAGCCUUAACCUUAUAGUCACAGCCUUGCGCGAAAAAUCUUUAUCGCUUCGGCCCAGAAGGCUGAACCAUUUUUUUCUUUUGAUGGCUACCCCACUUAUCACCAUCUACCAAUACAAUCUGCGAUAUCCAUCAUUGCUCUCUUAACACAAAAAAACUAUUCACAUUACAUAGUAGGCACCAUUAAUCAAAAUCAACAGUCAAAAUGAGUAAAUUUGGCGUCCUAGUAAUGGGACCUGCAGGUGCAGGAAAAGUGAGUCCUAUACGCCUUUCUUCUGCUCCAGCCAUUCAUCAUUAAGACCUCAACUCUUGUGAAUAUCACUUUAUCUAAAAAUACUAAUCUCCCCUUACUAACUUUAGACAACCUUUUGUACCGGCCUAAUAAACCACCUUCAAAACAAUCGCCGCUCCUGCUUCUACAUCAACCUCGAUCCGGCAGCCGAAACCUUUUCCCACGAACCCGAUCUCGACAUCAAAGACCUCAUCUCCCUCGAAGAUGUCAUGGAAGAAAUGGGACUCGGUCCCAACGGUGGUCUAAUCUAUUGUUUCGAAUUCCUACUUGAGAAUCUGGAUUUUCUUUCCGAAGCCAUCGAGCCUUUGACCGAAGAAUAUCUCAUCAUAAUCGAUAUGCCGGGCCAAAUAGAGUUAUACACACAUAUCCCGAUUUUGCCUGCGUUGGUGAAAUUCUUGACAAAGACGGGCGCAUUGGAUAUUAAUCUCUGCGCGGCAUAUUUAUUAGAAGCGACAUUUGUAGUUGAUCGGGCCAAGUUUUUCGCAGGCACUUUAUCUGCUAUGAGCGCGAUGAUUAUGCUCGAGGUUCCACACGUUAAUAUUCUUUCCAAGAUGGAUUUGGUAAAAGGACAACUUGCGAAGAGGGAAUUGAAGAGAUUUUUAGAUCCAGAUACAUCAUUAUUGGAUGAUGAUCAGGAAGAAGAUGAUGGGGAAGGAGAAGCAAAGGAUGCGGAAACAUUGAUGAAGGGGAAUAGUUUUCGCAGGUUGAAUAAGGCGGUCGCGGGAUUGAUUGAUAGUUUUAGUAUGGUGUCAUAUUUGAGGUUGGAUGUGCAGAGUGAAGAUAGUGUGAGUGGGAUCUUGAGUUAUAUCGACGAUGCGAUUCAAUUUCAUGAGGCGCAAGAACCAAAGGAACCAAAUGAUGAGGUGGAAUAUGAUGAGCCGGAUAUGUAAUAAAAUGGUUUGUUUGGCUGCCGGGGAUAGUCAAAUGGAACUACGAUGUGGAAUCUUUGGAUGGCUACACAAAUGGUCUUUCUAAGUAUACUUCGAUUUUCUAUAUAAACAGAGGCGCAUAGCUGGUUAGGACACGGAUUCGGAGAAGGAAUUUGGAGUUGCGGAGGAAUGGUUUUUGAUGCAUAGCGUGGGCGUUUAUUUGGUACAUGAAAUACUAGUGUAGGUGUAAAUGGAUUUUCAAAAAUAUCCUGAAAUUCGAGAUAUUUUGUU